CGUGUACUUUCAGCCACCCUCUUUCUACGUAUCCCCGCGUGACCUGAUGUUUGUUGAGAAUGGUGGAAUCGCUGUCCUGAGCGGAAGGAAGGUGGUCCACAUGGAUGUCAGAGGCAACACGGUGAAACUUGACAAUGGCCUGCAGAUCGCCUACGACAAAUGCUUAAUAGCUACAGGUGGUGCUCCCAGGAACCUGCCUGUGCUUGAGAGGGGAGGUCAGGAGGUGAAAAAGAGGCUCACACUCUUCAGGAAGAUUGAGGAUUUCCGUUCACUAGAGAAAAUUUCCAGGGAAGUCAAGUCAAUCACUAUUAUCGGUGGUGGUUUCUUAGGGAGUGAAUUGGCCUGCGCUCUGGGGCGCAAAGCGCAGUCGAAGGGCCUCGAGGUCAUCCAAAUGUUCCCAGAGAAUGGCAAUAUGGGCAGAGUCCUACCUGAAUACCUGAGCAACUGGACCACCAACAAAGUCAGUCAAGAGGGGGUCAACGUGAUGCCCAACGCUGUUGUGAAGUCGGUUUCUUUAGCCGGGGAUCGGCUGCUCAUACAGUUGAAGGACGGAAGGAAAGUGGAGACGGAUCAUAUUGUGGCAGCUGUGGGCUUGGAGCCCAACGUGGAGCUGGCUAAGUCGGCCGGCUUGGAGGUGGAUUCCGAUUUCGGGGGCUUUAGAGUGAACGCUGAGCUGCAGGCCCGCUCCAACAUCUGGGUGGCAGGAGACGCUGCGUGUUUUUACGACAUUAAGUUAGGCAGGAGACGAGUGGAGCAUCACGAUCACGCGGUUGUGAGCGGAAGGCUGGCGGGAGAAAACAUGACCGGAGCCUCAAAGCCGUAUUGGCACCAGUCCAUGUUUUGGAGCGACCUUGGCCCAGAUGUUGGAUACGAAGCUAUUGGCCUUGUGGACAGCAGUUUGCCCACCGUGGGCGUAUUUGCUAAAGCGACAGCAAAGGACACCCCAAAAUCUGCCACGGAGGAAUCAGGAACUGGAAUCCGCUCAGAGAGUGAAACCGAACUGGAAGCCACAGAGCUGAAGGUCUCCGCAGCCUCUCUUUCCACUCCGCAAGUCCCACAGCAGGGAGAGGAUUACGGGAAAGGAGUCAUUUUCUACCUCCAGGAUAAAGUGGUGGUAGGAAUCGUUCUGUGGAACAUCUUCAACCGGAUGCCAAUCGCUCGGAAG